AAUCAAAUGCAAUUUGACAAAUCUCCCUCCUUAAUCCUCGCAUGUUGCUCGGCCCUUUUACUACUUGUUAAUUCUAUUUAAACACAAACUCACUCACACACCAAAACACAUCUCAAACCCUCAAAUAUCUCUCACUCACUGCUCUCUUCUCUCUUCUUUGAUGGCUUCAUUUGCUGUCAAGUUAACAUUUUGCUUCCUUGUUGCUGCUCUUUGCUUCAUUGGAGAAAAUGUUGAAGCUAGAGAAGGUAAGCUCUUCUUUAGCAAGUUUACUCACGUAGAUCGUCCUAACAACAAAGAGGUAGCUCUAACCUCAGCUCCCGCUCCGGGCCUAGCACAAGCCAAUGGAAGACUCGGUGACGGGCCUUUCGGGCCAGGUUCAGGUAUGAUUCCUCAAACCAAAGAGUCGUGGCCGGUCUCAUCUACGACCACAGACGAGGAGUUUGAGAAAUUGAUGGCUACAUUUGAAGAAGAAAAGAACAACAACCAAUUACCGGAAGAGUUUGAGAAGGAAGAAGAGUCCCGAGAAUCAGAAGAUCUUAGUGAGAAAAAGGACAAGUACAACAAUAAUGGAUACACUUACACUACCAACAAUUAUGAUGAGAAUAGGAGAGGCUACGGUAAUGAAGAAGAGAGACAAGGGACAAGUGAUACAAGAUUUGCAGAGAACAGUAAGUACUUUUCUGAUGAGAGUAGGAGAGGCUACGAAAAUGCCCCUAGCCGCAGGUAUGAGAGUGCUCGAGGAAAUGAUCAUCCAUACGAGUUCGACACUAUGGAGGAAUACUACAAGAGCUUGGAAGGUAGUCAUGAGGAGUUUGAGCCUUGAAAAGUCGAUACAACUUCGUUUGAGAUGCAAAAGAACAUUUGGAGUAAUUGUAAAAUCUCAAUUUACCUUUAUUUUAUGAGAGAUGUAAAAUCUACAAAUCACUUAAAUUUAUAGUACUAUAUUAAAAGUUUUAAUGUU